UGGAAAUAUAAAAUUAACAACAGAUUUUUUUUAAGUCGUCACGCGCCGGUGUCCUAGAUCAUCAGUCAACUUUGAAAACUGCUCAAAAUGUUCGCAAAGCUGUUCAUUCUGUUCGCCGUCCUCGUUGUAGCUCUGGCAAGACCUCAACAGAUCUACUCUGGUUACGGCUACAACAACUACGGAUAUACGUAUCCAGGCUACGUCGGUUAUCCCGGAUACAGUCCCCUGGCCUAUGGAUCAUACGGCGGCUAUGCUGCCUCUCCAUACAACCUCGGCUACGGCUACGGAUACUAAUUGAUAUUCUCUUAGGCACCUCUGUUAUUAAUUCAAUAAAAAUAUUCUAAAAAGAAUUAUGGUUCUACUGUUUGAAACUAUCAUUUGAAAUGUUGAUUAAUAAUUUUCGUGGAUUACUUUCGAUUUACAAAACGCCUUUGUUUUUGAGUGUUUUUUUUUUUUCUCAUGUCAACUACCAUUUUGUGAAUGUUUGCAGAUAAGAUUCAAGAGGUACGAAUCAUGAAUCGGUUUUCUUAUUUGUUUUUUUUUUUAUUUGAGUUUGAAAUAAAUUGUAC